UAAAUCUUCCAUCUGCAAAGUUGCAGUGGGUCCCCGCAUUUUUACGGAUGACAACCUUCAUCAGCGAACGUCACCUCGAAGACCGAAGGCGACUGACAACGGUUGCGCAAUUAUGAACCGCAUCGCGCUCCAACCGGCGCUUCGGACGCCGGCAUUACGCCAAGCACUAUUGUUUGAGAAGUCUUUAUCAUUGACACUCAGAGCACGCGCUCUCAGUACCGUCGCCGAGCCCUCUUUUUGGAAGUCUCUUGUGCCCAAGCCGCUGCGGCCUCAAUUGUCGACCGCUCCAGGAAAGAAGACAAAGCCCCAGAAGGGAUGGAAUCCUGCGACCUUCUUCAUCUUCAUCUUCCUGCUGAUCGGGUCCAUGUCCAUCCAGAUGAUCGCGCUGAGGAAAGAUUUUGCUACCUUUAUGCGCCAGUCGGACGUAAGGAUAGGGCUGCUCCGGGAGGUGGUGGAAAAGUUGCAGAGGGGCGAGAAGGUCGACGUGGAGAAGGUCCUGGGCACCGGGGACAAGGAGAAGGAGUUGGAGUGGGAAGAAGUUCUGAAAGAGAUCGAGCGCGAGUCACCCACAGAACAGCGGAAGAAGCAGCCCGAGCCGACGCCAGCUCCUAGUUCCGAGGCCAAUGUCGUGCCUACGGCACAGCCGACGCGGGCAGCACUGCAGAGUGAACUCGCCAGCAAAGGCUUUUUCUAAGGGCGCCGUGCUGAAGAUGCAGGAUCAGUAACGACAAUGAAGGUGUUGCUCGGCUCCAGUCAACCGAACCCGUCAUGCCCGUCUAUUGCCGACUUGCCCUCCACAACGGCCCAAAUAUCCUCGGCGCUGAUGGCUGCGUCCCACAGAGUGCAUGCCCAUCGCCGUCUACGUCACCUCUUCCAGGUCUAGCCUCGAGACCUCAUC